AUGACCAUCACCAACUCCACACAACGGUUCGUCAAAGAGAGCCUCUCCUCUCCUGAGAAUCAGCAGCACCAGUUCCCAGUCAAGUACUUCUACGAUCCCUUGGACGGUGACCUCGAAUACCUCUCCUCCCUCGCAUUGGCCUCAACCAUACACUCAUAA